CUCCUCCCGGGGUCAGAUCCGGGGACCGGGGCCGCGCACGACCCCCGACCCCACAGCCGGGUCCCGCACGGUCACUGCCGACCCCCCUCCCACAGCCCGGGCCCUUCCCGGUCCUCACACGGGCUCCCCUUCCGCGCCACUCCCGAAUCCCCGCACAGGGUGCCCGGCACUUGGACAGCACAAGUAUUUUCUGCUUUUCCUUGUAACGGUGCUGCCCUAUAAGGAAAAACCCAGAGUUCCCCUCUGACAGUAUGGAAUGCUAACUUGGAGCUCAUCUGACACACCUGCAGAGGAAUCUGUGAUAGUCCAGAUUUAGAUGUCUCAAUGGAUACGUGGAGCUACUUCUAUACUUGUCUGGUGUCCGUAUGGCUGCACAGAUUUUACAUCUAUUCUGCUGUUGCUUUUGGGAUCGGCCUUUGGGUUGUCAUUCAGUUCACCACCACCAGAACCAAAAGGAAGGGUGAGAAAUCCCAUAAGAAUCCCUUUUCCCCCGAGGGAACAUCAGACAAACUGGGAAAUGGAUGUGCUCCCCUUCAGGCACAGGAGGUCCAUGUUGCUGGAGUGAAGAUCUUCUAUGGCUCUCAGACUGGCACAGCAAAGAGAUUUGCCAAAGCUCUGGCUGAAGCUGUUACUUCCCUUAAUUUGCCCGUGGAAGUCAUUAACAUGGGAGACUACGAUCCAGAAGAUGGUUUAGCAGAGGAGACAAGCAGCAGGAACAUCUGUGUGUUCCUGGUGGCCACCUACACUGAAGGGCAGCCCCCGGAGAGCGCAGCCUGGUUCUGCAAGUGGCUGGAAGAGGCAGCCAAUGAUUUCCGUGUUGGGAAAAGCUUCCUGCAGGGACUGAGAUAUGCCGUGUUUGGGCUGGGGAACUCAGCCUAUGUGGAUCACUACAACACAGUUGGAAGGAGGAUGGACAGGUGGCUGUGGAUGCUGAGUGCCAGCAGGAUCAUGACUCGGGCUGAGGGGGACAGCAAUGUGGCCCAGAGCAAGCAUGGCAGCAUUGAGGCUGACUUUGAGGCCUGGAAAGCCAAAUUCCUGACUCGGCUCCAGGCACUCUGCAGAGGGGAAAAGAAGCCCUGCAGUGGGAAGUGCAAGAAGGGGAAGUGCAAAUCUUCAGGGAGGCAGAGCAAGGAAAGCUCAGACCAUGAACAUGGGACGUCGGAACAGGAGAAUACUGAGGCAGAGGAAUUGUUUGAAACCAGUAGUGAGGAGGAAGCUGGAGGCACAGAUUCUGUAAUUGAUGUUGAAGAUCUUGGCAAUAUCAUGGGCCACAUGAAGAAAGCAAAGAGAGAGCAGGAGCUGCAGGAAGGAGCUGCUGGAGCUGAGAGGAGAGAGAUGAUCACCCCAGCCCUGAGGGAGGCUCUCAAUAAACAAGGUUAUAAACUCAUUGGGAGCCAUUCUGGGGUGAAGCUCUGCCGAUGGACAAAGUCGAUGCUGCGGGGCCGUGGGGGCUGCUACAAGCACACCUUCUAUGGCAUUGAGAGCCACCGCUGCAUGGAGGCCACCCCCAGCCUGGCCUGUGCCAACAAGUGUGUCUUCUGCUGGAGACACCACACGAACCCCGUGGGCACCGAGUGGCGGUGGAAGAUGGACCAGCCUGAGCUGAUCCUGCAGGAGGCCCUCGAGAAGCACCAGAACAUGAUCAGGCAGUUCAAAGGCGUGUCAGGAGUGAAGGCAGCUCGGCUGGAGGAAGCUCUGGCAGUGAAGCACUGUGCCCUGUCCCUGGUGGGGGAGCCCAUCAUGUACCCACACAUCAACCGCUUCGUGAGGCUCCUGCACCAGCACGGCAUCUCCACCUUCCUGGUCACCAAUGCUCAGUUCCCCGAGGAGAUCAGGAGGCUGGAGCCUGUGACCCAGCUCUACAUCAGUGUGGAUGCCAGCACCAAGGAGAGCCUGAGGAGGAUUGACAGACCCCUCUUCAAGGACUUCUGGCAGAGGUUUCUAGACAGCUUAAAGGCCUUAGCUGAAAAGCAACAACGCACUGUUUAUAGGCUGACCCUGGUGAAAUCUUGGAAUGUGGAUGAACUCAAAGCUUAUGCUGACCUGAUAUCCCUUGGGAAACCAGACUUCAUUGAGGUCAAGGGUGUGACCUACUGUGGGGAGAGCUCUGCCAGCAGCCUGACCAUGGCCAACGUGCCGUGGCACGGGGAGGUGGUGAGCUUCGUGCAGGAGCUGGCGCGGCUGCUCCCGGACUAUGGCAUCGCCUGCGAGCAUGAGCACUCCAACUGCCUGCUGCUGGCCCACAGCAAGUUCCAGGUGGAUGGCGAGUGGAGGACCUGGAUUGACUACGGCCGCUUCCAGGAGCUGGUCAGGGAGCACGAGCGGAGUGGCGGCUCCAGGACCUUCACAGCGGCCGAGUACACGGCCAGGACUCCUCCCUGGGCCCUCUUUGGGGCCAGCGAACGGGGCUUUGACCCCUUGGAUGUGAGAUUCCAGCGGAAGAACAAGGCACGGGACAUCUUGGGGUGCUGAGGGCUGGGGCUCCCUCACCCUGGGCUUCCCAGGACUCCAUUUCAGGCUGACACCCAUUUUGGACCACCUGGAUUAUCCUGAUGUUUGAGAAGAGGGUCAAGCCUGGAUUCAACCUUUCCCUCCUGUUUUUAGGGCUUCCUGGAUGAAAAUAUUGAUAACGUUCUUAUCUCGAGAUAAAUCAGAACUGCUUCAGCAGCAGUGGGUGGGGGGCAGUGCUGGGAUCUCCUCAGUGGGGAAUGUUUGGAGUGGGAUGUGGGGCAAGAGGGUUCCUUGGAUUCCUGUGUAAGGAGAGCCUGGCAGCAAAACAUUCCACAUCCCUAAGGAAAAAUGCCAGAGGAUUUCAGCCCCACAAGGUUGGAUCGGGGCCACAGCCAGACCUGGAUCCAAAAGCUGAUCCCUGCUGGAAGCAUCAUUUUAGGGACUUUCUUCAGGUUCAGGUAUUUUAAACACUGGUGCCAUUUCCUGUAAAAACCCCAUUCCCAAGAAGCCAAACCUUGGGAAUGGUGGAACAGCACCCCUAUGGAUACCAGCUGCAGCUUCUGAUACCUCCCCAAGUGUCUUCAAACCUCAUGGCUUUGGGAAUGAGGUGUAGGAACAGUGUCAUCCCACUCCCAGCAGCCCUAAACACCAGGUCCAGUCCUUCAGAGCCCUGUCAGGCUCAGCUGGGUGUGCUUGGUGCUGUAGAUGGAACAUCCCUGGCAUGGGGAUUCCAUUGCUUUUUAAAAGCAACCUCUUUUCUUAAGCUGUACAAAGAGUUUCUAAAGCAGAAGGAAAAUAAAGGAGUUUUGCCUAGAG